AUGGCGUCCUCCUCCGAGACUAUCCGCGUCGGAUUCAUCGGCGCCGGGAUCAUGGGCGUGCCGAUGGCGAAGAACCUCCUCAAGGCUGGCCACGGCGUGACGAUCUGGAACCGCACCGCGAGCGCGUGCGACCCGGUCGUCGCGGAGGGCGCGACGCUCGCGGCGUCCGCCGCGGAGGCGUGCGAGAAAUCCGACGUGAUUUUCGUCAUGGUGAGCGACCCCGCCGCCGCGCUCGCGUGCGCGGAAGCCGCCGCGCCGGGCCUCUCCGCGGGCAAGGGCUACGUCGACGUCUCCACCGUGGACGCGGCGACGUCCACGGAGAUCGCCGCCCUCGUCCGCGGCACCGGCGCGAUGUUCCUCGAAGCCCCCGUGAGCGGCUCGAAGGCGCCCGCGGAGCAGGGCGCCCUCAUCUUCCUCGCCGCGGGCGACCGCCAGCUGUACGACCGCGUCGCGCCGCACCUGGAGGUCAUGGGGAAGGCGCACUUCUUCCUCGGCGACGUCGGCGCCGGGGCGAACAUGAAGCUCGUCGUGAACAGCGUCAUGGGGAGCAUGAUGGCGUCCUUCGCGGAGGGGUUGACGCUCACGGAAAAAGCCGGGCUCGAUCGAGAGACGCUCCUCGAGGUCAUCUCGCUCGGCGCCAUCAACACGCCGAUGUACGCGCUCAAGGGGCCGAACAUGAUCAAGGGCGCGUUCCCGCCCGCGUUCCCGCUGAAGCACCAGCAGAAGGACAUGCGCCUCGCGUUGGAGCUCGGGGAGAAGUUGGACGUCACGAUGCCCGUCGCGAACGCGGCGAACGAGAUGUAUAAGGUCGCGCAAGGGAAAGGGAAGGACGACGACGACUUCAGCGCCGUCAUCGUCGCCCUCGAAAAGUGACCACCGACAGCGUGACAGGGGGCGAAAGCGCCCGCGCAGACGCGUUCUCGUUGUAUUAAACCGCACGCGUGAGCGUGUGGAGAUUCUCACAAAAA